CCUGUGCUUAUGACGACCACGUGCUAGCCACACAUGUUCAGUAAUGGCGGACAAGAAGUCGAUUACUUGGGAGAAUUUCGUUGAAAUUCACUACCGUCAGUUGUUAUCAGUUGGUUUGCCAGAGCCCUUGUGGAAGAGUCUUUACAGUAAACUAUCCCCCAACGAGGUUCGUGAUGCAGGGUCUGUAUUUGAGCUUCAUAAAGACGAAGAUAGAUGGACAUUGCAGAGCAAGUCUGCUAUCGUGAAGCACCGUGAUGUUUACCUGAUUGACCAUGCGUGGACGAGCGAUGGAGCUAGUAAGGCACGGAAAAUGCUCAGUAAAAACCCAGAGCUAUUGAUGAGAAUGCAAAAAAUGAUGUGCUUGGAUGAUCAGCUAGAAGAACAUCCAACAACAAUAACACAAGAAGAAGUUGUCCAACAAAUAGCUGGUGUUGAUACAGAAACAGCUAAAGGUUGUUUGGAUAAGACAAAGAAUGAUAUAAUACAAGCUACAGUCCUUGCUGAAGGUGGAGACAAGCAAAAACCAGAUAUAAAUCUGGAUGAUUUGGAUGAAAAGAGAGUUUUAACUUUUAAAGAAUUCAAAGAUGGUUUUACAGCAUCAGUUGAAGAAGAGGAUAAAAAAUCAUUGUCAGAGGAGUUCAUGGAAAAAAUGUAUAAAAAAUACCUAAAAGACAGUGAAGACACCAAAACUGAAGUACGCUACGGAGAGGCAACAACACCAAAAUACAGUUGGAGUGAGACUGAUGAAGGUGAUGGCUCUAUUGCAGUUUUGGUAUCUGUGCCUUCAGAAACAAUUAAAUCAUCUGUUGUUAGUAAGAUUAGUCCUCGUCACUGGACGCUGAGUAUUAAAGGUGGACAAACAAUAAUCGAUGGAGAGUUUUACAGUAAGAUUCAACCUGAUGAGUGUUUCUGGACAUUUGAUGGACCUGGAGUCCUUCAAAUGACUCUACAAAAGACUGAUUCCAGUCAAGGUCUAUGGCCGUAUCUGAUCAAAGAUGAAGUGCAUCUCAAUGCACAGCAAAUUCAUGAUGAAGCAAUUGAAAAGCAGCACAAGAAGCGYGAGGAAAUUGACAGUGUCCUUGAAGCCAUGUGGAAAUACAACCAAACAUACCAGGCAGUCAUGGUAAAAGGUGGUCCUCAAGAGCACCUCUGGUACAUAAUGGAUGAAGUUGGCUCAGCCCUUAGCCACAGUUCUACACCUAACAUGAAAUGCUCCCCAUUUGCUUAUGCUGUCAAUGGAUCCAUCUACUCAAUCAUGUGGCCAAUUGCUGAUAUUGAGAAGGGUGAAGUCUGCACCAGAGACUUCUGCCCUACUCUUAUUGCUGGAGAAAUGCCCUCGCAAAAAGAAGCCAGAAACCUAGCAUGCAUGCCUGAGCUACCAGAUGAGUUCCCUAGGUCCUUCCUACAAGACUAUGCUAUGACAGUGGCAUCCAACAAUACAGCAUCCAACAUUCAAGCAAAGUUAGAGCUCCUCAAUCCAGAGGGGCAGAGGGCCUCAUUGCCUGGGCUGUCUUUAAGAUUUUAUGUCAAUAGUAAUAAUGACCAGAUAAAGGCUGUACUAGGAAGCCUGAAUUGCAGUUUUACUGACAAGCCUGAGGAUGCUACUGCUAUCUGGGUAGAUAAGCCUUUGUCUAGCAUUGAUGGAGGAAAAAUGGUCAAUUUUCUCAGCGGUGAUGACUUUUUAACAAGAAGAGAUGUACUUUCUAGACUGGUGACAAAGAAGCUUGGGGAGGUUGCUUGGUUUCCUAAGUCUUUCAACCUCCGAUCUCAACUAGCUGGAUUUUGUGUGGAACACUACAUGAAGGGUGUUUCUGCUAUGUGGAUAUUAAGGUCUGCUAACCCCAGUGAUUUCCAUUUCAAACCAGUCAUGAGCAGUGAUUUGAGAAGAAUKAUCAGACUUGGAGAGACAGGCCCACUAGUGGCAUCUGAAUUCCAUAUCACUGGWACUCUCACCCAUAAGAAGCAUUUUGUUCUUCAAUAUUCUGUGAUGCUUCAGUCACUCAAACCACUUGAGCUGCUCAUUCAUAAUACACCCAACAUAAGGAAGACUCCUGAACCAUAUGACACCAUGGCACCCAUUGAUGAAUACGAUCCAAGAGUUUUUAUCACUACCACAGAUGACAUUGUCAAACARGAUGAAGAAACAUUCAAAGACUUUGUGAAAAACUUUGAAAAGCAUUACACUCCAAGAUGCAAGCAGUCUUGGGUUCARGUGCAGCAGACAAUUUUCACACGUAUUUUAGAGCUCUUUGCUACGGUGUCAUCCAACCUGUCARUWCCAGGCAAGGGCCAUGCUGAUCAGAAACAGGGAAAACUAKCUGCYGUGUAUGGUGUAGAURUAAUUAUCAUGGAAGAUAUGUCAGUUGUCAUCACUGGAGUUGAUGCAGUUCCUUUAUUUGCAAAUGAGAUGGUUGCAAAGGAGGUUUUGUWCUUGAUGUAUGCGAACACAGAGGAUUGUAAGAAUGCUGGGAGUAAUGUGACUAGAGUGACCGUUGAUGAGUGAUGAUGUACAGUAGUUAUAAACAAAAUAUUGUAAAUAUAAGUAUUCCACUUCACAGGUUUACAGUGCUCAGCUUGAGUCUUAUUAGAGUGUCAUGUAUUACAUGUCCUUAAUUUUUUUAUCAAGCAUAUAAAGCAUGUUGUACUAUGACAAAUUCAUUGUUAUGAUACCUAAUAAAACAAAAGUUAAGUUUUACUGGAAACCUUUUUUUUCU